AUGAAGUUGAAGCAAAAGAUAUUUGACAUAAAAGAUAGCAGGCUUCAACACUAUUCCAACCAAAGAAGAAAAAGUGGAACCCUUUCUCAUUAUUUCCUUUCACUAUAUAAUGAAAACCCAUUAAGAUUUGUGUCACUCUUCUUUAUACCUAACGGCUCUACUCUCUCUCUCUCAUUUCUCUCUUCUGCAGAGAAGCUUUUCAUUUUCUCAAAUGGAGGGCUUCUACCACCACAUGAACAACAACAUGCUCAUUUACCACCUGGUUUUCGUUUCCACCCUACUGAUGAAGAACUCAUCACUUUCUACCUUCUCAAGAAAGUUCUUGACAACACUUUCACUGCAAGAGCCAUAGCUGAAGUUGAUCUCAACAAAUGUGAACCAUGGGAGCUACCAGAGAAAGCUAAGAUGGGUGAGAAAGAAUGGUACUUCUUCAGUUUACGUGACAGGAAGUACCCAACUGGGUUACGUACAAAUCGAGCUACAGAAGCUGGUUAUUGGAAAGCAACAGGGAAAGAUAGAGAGAUUUACAGUUCAAAAACCUACUCUCUUGUUGGUAUGAAGAAAACCCUUGUUUUCUACAGAGGAAGAGCACCAAAAGGUGAAAAGAGUAACUGGGUUAUGCAUGAAUAUCGACUUGAAGGAAAAUUUACCUACCAUUUCCUCUCUAGAAACUCCAAGAAAAAUAAGUUGGGCUUUCUAUCACCAACGGUUAGCAGCCUUUUACAACUGAGAAUAAUUGGGGUACGAUUCUGCUCAAAGAUUCAACUUACUCGAGAGUUACACAGAAUUCUUGAUGAUCAAUAUGGUGUUAGAUUUUAUAAAGUGGAAACAUCACAUGCACCACAAAUCUCAAAUCUUUCCUUGAGAUCACUUUUGAUUGGAAUAGGAAGUUUCCACAUGGUUAUCGAUAAUCUUAGCUCAGCAUAGCACAGGUUUCUUUCCUAUCCUCU